GUCUUCAGUGACUUUCUCGAAAAAUGACGUAGCAGCAGCAAAAAAGUAUGGAUUUUUGGAACACAAACGAUUUUCAAAAUCUACCUGAGACCCUAGAGCACAAACUUCAAGAAGUAGACCUUUCCGGUGCGGAUUAUCUAUUCUCAGUGAGCUCUGGGAGCUCCACUUAUCAAAUUGGUGAUAAAUACUCUUACGAUGAUAACAUGGAGGCAAUCAUCCCCCAAUUGGCAUAUGUUUUGACCGAAUUCGAUAUUGAAAAUUUUCGUGUGGACGCAGUUAUAGAUCAAGUUUGGCUGGAAGAACUUGGAAAGCUUAUUCCAAAUCGAUCAAUUAAAGCCAAUCAUUUUUACUCAAGCAGCAACACAGAAAACGUGCAAUUCUUUUUUGACAAGUGUUGGGAUCAGGUGCAGAUUGUUGAGACUCCCUUACAUAGGGUUUUGGUAGAAAGUGAUGUUUACUACGAGAACUGGAAACCAGCGGUGCUUUGUCAUUUAAAUAAAUAUUGAUUUUUAGUGUGACCCGUUAUGCGAAACCUUCAUAUUGUCUGUUUCGAGAUUGAAAGUUUGUCGGAAAUAAAAAGAUAACUUCG